CACAACACAACCUUGAAAUUAGGCAAUAGCUGACGGAAAGUCGGAAAUUUUGGUGUUUGUGUUAUUUCUUGUGAAAUCUGACUCAUUAUUAAUCUGGCGACGUUUCUCUUUGAUUAACAAUAUCAAUAACUAAAUAGGAAUCAGCAGAGAGCAUUCAUAUACGAGAAAGUAAUAAGUAAUACGGAAAGACACAAGUUAACCGCAAGUCAUUUACUGUCAUUGAAAUAACCAUAUAAUGACACAUAAUUUACCUGACAAUCUCUAAAUCAAUCAGCUGUCCAGGUAGACAAAAGCGUUUAAAAGAUCUCACAAAGAUUUUAUUUUUAAAAAACAUUAGAAAUCAUUUAUUGAGUUUUUUGAUGACGUAACAUACCGAGCAAGUCACGAUGGCAGGUUUCAGCGGUGUGUUGAAGCUCACGGAUUUAGACGAUUUUAUUGCCCCUUCACAGGAAUGUAUAAAGCCAGUGAAGGUGGAGCAGAAGGCAGGCCGAGGCGUCAUCAAAAUUGAAAAUGACAAGGCAGAUGACCCACUAGAAGAGCCAAAGUAUGAAAAGGCCAAGAUUACUCUAAAUGACUGUCUAGCGUGCAGUGGCUGCAUCACGUCGGCCGAAGUGGUCCUGGUCAGCCAGCAAAGUCAUGAAGAGUUUUACAGAGUCCUGGCAGAAAACAGCAACCUCGGUGAAGAGGAAAGACGCACAGUAGUUGUAUCCCUUUCCCCGCAGUCAGUGCUUUCAUUAGCUGCUAAGUUUGGACUAAAUGCAGAUGACUGUGCUCAGAAAUUAACAGGAUACCUUAAGGGCCUCGGUGUCCAUCAUGUCUUCGAUACAAACUUUGCCAGGAGCCUCAGCUUAUUAGAGGCACAGAAAGAAUUCAUAGAGAGAUACAGGAGGAAAGAUUCAGAUCCAAAAGCCUUUCCUAUGCUUGCAUCUGCCUGUCCAGGUUGGAUCUGUUAUGCUGAGAAGACACAUGGGUCCUACAUUCUGCCUUACAUUAGCAGCGUUAGGAGUCCACAGCAAGUUAUGGGGGCUCUUGUAAAGGACCUGUGGGCUGCAAAAAAUAAGAUAUCUCCAGAAAAAGUCUACCAUGUUACAGUGAUGCCUUGUUUUGACAAGAAGUUAGAAGCCUCGAGAGAUGACUUCUACAGUGAGCUAUACCAGACCCGUGAUGUUGAUUGUGUCAUCACAUCAGUGGAAGUGGAGCAAAUGCUUCUGCGGGACCAAGUUGAUCUGUCUGCUGUCACCCCGUCUCCCCUGGACACUGACCUCAGUUCUGGGCCAAAGUUGACGUCCCACGAAGGCUCUGGCUCAGGUGGAUAUGCACACCACGUCUUUAUCAGCGCGGCUAAGCAGUUGUUUGACAAGGAUUCAAAUCAGUUGGAGUGGAAGACAAUGAGAAAUGUGGAUUUCCGCGAGGUGACGUUGGAAGUGGAUGGUGAGCCGGUUCUGCGUUUUGCCUUGGCCUACGGGUUUAGGAACAUCCAGAACCUGGUGCAGAAAGUGAAGAGGGGGAAGAGCCCGUAUCAUUACGUUGAAGUCAUGGCAUGUCCUUCAGGCUGUCUCAAUGGUGGAGCACAAGUCCGUCCAGAGAGUGGCACGUCAGCAAAGGAAUUAGUGGCCAAGUUAGAGGAAGCAUAUACUUUACUUCCGACUGUCAACCCUUCCGAAGAUCCUAAAGUACCUGCCUGUUACUCAGAGUGGCUUGGCGGUCCUACCUCAGAGAAAGCACAGAAGUUGUUACACACCCAGUAUAAGGCAGUUGAAAAGUCCACAAAUGUACUUGGUAUUAAAUGGUAAACAGGUUGAUUAUGUUAUCAAGAGUCUAUCUCAUAGUGGGAGCUGUAAAUUAUUUGUUAUUUUAUAAAUAAAAUGAUGUUAAUCAU